CCUGGUACCCGAAACUGUUUUUUCGUGACAGUGCAAGGACCAUGCCAUUUACGGCGUUAAGCCAUGCCUAGGAACGGCAUUGUUGAUGUUGUCUCCCUUCAAAGUGUAUAAAAAAGUGUCAAGCUUGCCAGUGAGUAGGUCUGCUUCUCCAUCCAAAUAUAUUCAGCCUACUCCGUAACAUAUCGACAGGCAUUUCGAAGCUCGCCCCCUUCCUUCCCAAUUUUUUGCAAGGACUACGGAGUAUUCAUAUCAGAAUCAAGAUGGGUUUCCUCUGGUCUCAAUUGUUCGUCAGGCUCCCGUACCCUACCACCUCCUUCGCGGGUCAGACUGUCAUUGUAACCGGCUCAAAUACGGGACUGGGCAAAGAGGCAGCCCGCCACUUCGCUCGCUUAGGCGCCUCAAAGAUCAUCCUAGCAGUGCGCAACACCAAGGCUGGCGAGGCCGCAAAGAAAGACAUCGAGGCGACAACCGGGUGCGCUGCCUCAGUCAUCGAGGUCUGGCCCCUCGAUCUAUCCUCAUACGACUCGGUCAAAGCCUUCUCGAGCCGCGCGUCAGCCCUUCCUCGCAUCGACGUCCUCCUCGAGAAUGCAGGCAUAGCAACCAUGCGGUUUGACUUGGCCGAAGGCCACGAACGCACCGUCACAGUCAACGUCAUAUCGACAUUCCUCCUCGCCCUGCUCCUGCUGCCCAAGCUCAAAUCCACCGCCAAGGAGUUCAAGACCACGCCCCACCUGACCAUCGUGUCGAGCGAAGUCCACGGCUGGACCAAGUUCCCCGAAUGGAAAGAGCCAAAUACCUUUAGCGCACUCGACGACAAAGCCAAGACCAACUUCGAGGAGCGGUACCCCACGAGCAAACUUCUCGAGGUGCUCGUGAUCCGGGCCAUCGCGUCCAAAAUGGCCAAUUCAGGCGUCGUGCUGAACUACCUCAACCCGGGACUGUGCCACUCGGAACUCGCCCGUGAAGCAGGGUUGGGCCUGAAGAUCAUGAAGCUCCUGUUCGCCAGGUCGACGGAAGUGGGCAGUCGGACUCUGGUGGCUGCUGCCGCGGCAGGGCCAGAGUCGCACGGCAAGUACAUGACCGAUGCGAAGGUCGACGACAGCCACUUGUCGCCAUUUGUGAGGAGCGACGAUGGAAAAGCUGCUGCUGAGAAAGUCUGGACCGAGUUGAGUGAGAUUCUGGAGAAUGUUCGGCCUGGUAUUACCAAGAACUUUUGAUUGUGUAGAGCGAACUACUACUAGUCUGGCGUCCGGACCUCACGGUGGCGUUAC